CUUCUUUCAAGACAUAAUACUAAGGUAUGUUGUUGUUUUGUUAUGAAAGGCAUUUUGCAUGCACAGAAGUUUGUGUAUAACAACGUUCAUGACUAAGAAAUUUAACUGCUCUAUGCAUUUAAAUAGCCUAUCCAAAGGCUUGUACUGAAAGACAUUCCUCUAGAAUCAAAAUCAAAGCACCUGAAAUAACUAAUGAUAAGCAGUUCCGAUUGGUUCAAGAUAGCCCCUCCCACCUGUCAUCCCAUAUACUCCGCUUCAUGCUUCCGCAUAUAAAGACAUAUGAACAUGGGGCUAGUGUCUAUAUAAUCAAAUGUUCUGGAAAUGAUUAUGUCGAAAGGAUUAGAUUUAUUGUAGAUAUGAAUAAUGAUGAAUCCAUUGCAAUAGUUGGCAUCAGUUGCAAAUUUCCUGGUGCCGAAAAUUUGGAUGAAUUUUGGCGCGUUAUUGAAGGGGGCGAAGACCAUGUCAAAGACAUUCCAAAGGAUAGAUACGAUGUUGAAGCGUUUUACGACAGUGAUCCUGAUGCAACUGGAAAAUCAUAUAUUAGAAAAGCUGGUUUAGUAUCAGGAAUCAACGAGUGGGACAACAUAUUUUUCGAAAAAGGAGAGAAUGAGGCAAAAAAGAUGGACCCACAGCAGCGGUUAGUACUAGAGUGUGUAUACAAGGCAAUGGAAGACGGUGGAAUUACGAAAACAAAGUUGAAUAAGUCAGAAACGGGCGUCUAUAUAGGUGUUAUGAAUGGAGAGUUUGAAACGUGUUUGAGAAAUGAUGUUCAAUUUCUAUCAAACUACUCUGUGACUGGAAUUAGUAGAAGUAUUGUAUCAGCACAGGUUUCCUACUUUUUAAAUCUGCAUGGUCCGGCUAUCACAAUGGACACUGCCUGUUCCUCAUCCCUUGUUGCUAUUCACACAGCCACACAAGCGAUAAAAGCAGGCGAAAUAACAGCAGCUAUCUGUGGGGGAGUGAAUGUCCUCCUGAGUGAAAUGACUUCUAUUGUACUAUCAAAGGCACGGAUGGCAUCCCCGACAGGAAAAUGUCACACUUUUUCUAAGAAUGCCGAUGGAUACGUUCGAGGGGAAGGGUGUGGAAUAGUGAUUCUCAAGCGUCUUGGUGAUGCUAUUCGUGAAAAUGACAAAAUAUGGGGUACCAUUGCAACGGCCUGCAAUCAAGACGGACAUGAAAAUUCGCCAAUUACAGCACCUGCAGAGAGUCAGCAAAUCCACCUGUUACAAAGGAUUUUUGAAAAUUCAAAAAUGCAUCCAGGCAGUAUACAAUACAUUGAAGCUCACGGAACAGGAACCCCAGUUGGUGACCCAAUAGAAACAAAUGCACUAGGGAAAUUUUUUGGACCGCAUUUCAAAGAUCGUAAAGUUAAGAUUGGAUCCGUAAAAACCAACAUAGGACAUUUAGAAUCCGCAGCAGGUGUUGCUGGAAUCAUCAAAGUUCUUUUGAUGAUGAAACAUGGUCAUUUUGUCCCAUCACUGCAUGCUGAUGAACCAAACAAAAACAUUCCAUUUCAAGAAUAUGGCUUUACUAUAAGUAGAGACAACUCAAAAUGGAAACAAAAUUCUCAUGGCUGUCGUAUAGCAUCAAUCAAUUCAUUUGGAUUCGGAGGCACAAAUUCACAUGCAAUAAUAUACAGCAACCAGAGCUUUAACAAAUUGAGAAUCAAUGUUGAAGAGUCUAAUUCUGAAGUUUUGUUUCCCAAGAGCAAAGUUGUAGUAUUCUCUGCAGUAACAAAGGGGUCUUUGCGGAAAAUGAUGCAUGAAGUAAAGCAAAACCUCACAGAAAUGUCUUCAUUGGAAGAUUUAUCGUACACUUCUGUGUUUUGUAGAGAUCAUUUCAAAUUCCGUAAGUUGAUGUUAACGGAUUCUGUUGACAAUCUUCAGAAACAGCUGCAAUCUGUUUUAGAGCACAACGAACAAUUAUUUUCGCCAGUGCCCUCUACAAAACCUGAUAUAGUGUUUGUUUAUUGUGGCGUGGGAACCACAUGGAAAGGAAUGUGUGCAGAAAUGAUAAAGAUGAACCCAGUGUUUAGAAAAAGUAUAAUUGAAAUAGAUUCUUAUUUGAAAAUGCUUAAUGCAGACAUCUCAAUUUAUCAAUCGAUCCAAAAUGAGGCAGAAUCUUAUACAAAUCCCAUCCUGGCGCACAUUGCCAUUUUUUCUACACAGCUUGCGCUCGCAGCAUCGUGGAAACACAUAGGGAUACGUCCAUCUGCGGUCGUUGGACAGUCGGUAGGGGAAGUAGCCGCAGCAUACGAAAGUGGAGCACUUUCACUUGAGGAUGCCGUAACUGUCAUUUAUUACCGUUCUCUUGCUCUGUCGACAUGCGAAAAGGGCGCAAUGAUGGUCGUUCGCAAUUGCUCAACUGAGACGGUUGAUCUAGCAUGUGCUAAAAUUCAGAAAUUGUAUAAUUGCCACGCAAAUGUUGCUGUUUACAAUAGCACAGAAUCAUGUACUGUGUCUGGAGAUAAAGAAACAAUGGAGAGACUGAAAGCAGCUUUAGGAGGUGACACAGAAUUUAUACCUCUCAAUACGUCUUGCGCAUACCACAGUCACUAUACUCAAGAUGCGGGUAAAAACCUACCUGCUAUGCUGGAAAGCAUUAAACCCCAAAGUCCGUGCAUCCCAACAUUUUCAACAGUUACGGGUAAAGAAAUAAAGACCGAUUUUGCAUCGCCAGCAUAUUGGGCUUGCAAUGUUUCAAAGCCUGUAUUAUUUUUCCAAUCGAUGAAGUCAGUCAAACAGAAAUUCAAGAGCACAAUAUUUUUGGAAAUAGGACCACGACCCGUAUUUCAGGCACAUUUCGAUGUGGUUUUUCCACAAACUGAUGAUAUGAUUUUAUCAUCCAUUAACAAAUUGUCGGAGAUAGACACAUUCUUUAACUCACUGAAUGAAGUAUUCAGAAAAGGGAUAUCUCCUAUUUGGACAAAUGUCGCAGAUAUCACUGGAAGUCUCUCUGUACUUCCGACUUACGUUUUCAGCAAGAAUGAUUGCAGUGUUGAUUCGGGUAUGAAAAAUAAAUUACAACUGGGAAAAAAUCAAGAAAAAUUUGCUGGCCGUAUGGUUUCAUCCAUGCAGGAAUCAAGCUGGAAAUUUGGUUUUUAUAUCUCAAAAUCGAAUACACCUUUUGUAUAUGAACAUUUAGUAGACGACAAAAUAAUUCUACCAGGCGCUUUAUACGGAGAGAUAGCACUUGAAAUUGGGCGAAAGAUCUGGAGUGUGAAUGUGGAAGAACUUGAAAUUUCAUGGAAAAUACUGACACCUCUAGAAAUAGGAAUGGCAGAAGAAAAGUACCUUGUUAUUGAUACUGACUUUCCAUCAUCUGUAGAAGUUAAAUUCAAAGUUCGAGAAACAGAACAGUAUCCUCCAUUAGCUGAAGGGACAGUGAAACAUGUGGAUGAAUCCCAAACUGAAAUAGUAGACGUCACAAGUAUUGACGGAACCCUUGGAAUGCGAAAAUCAAAACAUCAAAUAUAUUCAUUUCUGAAUGCGUUAGGUUUCAAUCAUGGUUCUACUUUCCGAAUAAUUUCGGAAAUCCAGUCAUCAACGAAUGAGAAUCUUGCUGAUAUAAUCUUGACAAAAGCUGUUCAAAUGGAUAUGCCAAGAACCUGUUUUCAUCCCGUUAUUAUUGAUGGUAUGUUUCAGUCAUGCUGUUAUCCAACAUUGCAAUUCCAACAGGGAACACAAUCUCGUAUUUUCCCUACUUUGGUGAGGAAAUUUACAGUUAAACAACCGCCAACAAAGAAAAUGACAUGUUUUUCAAGAUUAAUGUUACUACGAAAUUCGAAAAUAAUAAGCAAUGUAUUACUUUUGCGAGGAAAUGGAACGAUUGUAGCAGAGAUGCAAGGAUUUGAGGUGGAUAUAAUCUCUAGUAUGACUGGUGUUCAAAACCAUUUUCUUGAAGAAAAAUGGCAACUGAUCGAUAUUCCUUCAGAUUGUUUUCACCAAAAUAGACCAAGUUUGAUAGCUUCGUGGAACGAGCAAACAAUGACACAGGCUAAAGAAGUCAUCUGCAGAAUUUACCCAGAUCACGGAACGGUGAACCUCUCUGAUGCUAUCCAAAGGAAGCAUUUCCUUUCAACACUGCCAGAACAAAAAAAUAUAGAUUUGUAUUUCAUUCCUGGUUUUGUCACUGCUGAAAGUUUUGAAGAUGGGGAUGAGGUAUUAGAAUGCGUGCAAAAGUCGGCACAUAUUCUUUUGACGAUACUACAAAAGAUCGACCUCAAUACAAUGAGCUUAUACAUUGUUACAGAAUGGACACAAGGUGGGGAAGAUAGAGAGGUAUUUGGUGUAUUUGGGUCGGAACUGUGGGGUAUUGGUCGUUGCUUUCAUUUGGAACAUCGUGACUUUAAACUUGCAAUGAUAGACCUGCAUGGAAACUGGCUAGACCUUCAAAAUUCAAUCCUAUCUACUAUAUCUUCACUCAGAAACGAUGCAGAAAACUCUCUCUCACGAGAACUCAUUAUAUCAUCAAAAGGAGUAUUGAGUGCUAAACUUCAACAUUCUCCAUCAAUAUACUCUGUCCAUGGUAAGAAAACAGUUGCGCCGUCAAAGGGAAAACAUUAUUCUGUUCAAACACGUUCUACGGCUAACCAACCCCCCUACUCAUUGAUUGAAACCCUAGAAACUGCUAGCAACACCAAUGGCGUUUGUAUUGUCUCCAUUCACGAAGCUUUGCUGUGCUUUCAUGAUCAUUUGUAUCCCUUCCAAAAACCAAUUCCAGUAACAAAGUAUUGGGGUCGCGAUUCUGAAAGUGGCCAUCCCGCACUGGCCUGUGAAUUCACUGGACACUCUCUGAAAAAUGGGAAGGAAAUCAUUGGUUGUUGUCUCAUAAACGUAGCAUCGUCAGUUGCCGUGAACAGACUCUGUGUAUGUGAAUUGCUAGAGAUACCAUGCUAUAGGAUGGGUAUGUUUUUCAACAUGGUAGUCGCUAUGUGCUUAGCCGAUAAAGUUCAAAAAAAGAAUAAUGUGUUCCUUUUACACGACGAAAAACACAAGGAAGUGUCAAUGGUUUUAAGAGCAUUGCUACAAAGUAAACACUGUUCAGUCACGACGGACGAAUCAAAUAUUGCGAAAGAUAGUCAAGAUUCGUCAGCAUCUGUUCUUGUCGUGCUAUCAAAACAGGUCACAUGUCCAUUUGAAGUUAUUAUUCGAUGGUUUCCGAAUAUCAAACUGUUACUUAGUAUCAAGGGUCUGCUACCAAUUUCUACAACUGCAAAUGAUCCGACAAACUACCCAAACACAGAAUCUUGUGUCGUAGAUAUGUUUGAAAUAUUUCAGCAAUCAAAAAUGCAGAAGCAGUUUAAGCGAGCAAAACGAUUGAUGUUUGAAAUAAAAGGUUUCUUUUCUAACAUUCCUAAACUAAAUUCAGAACGCAUUUUGCGUCUAUCAGUCUUCAAAGAACCGACGGAAAUAGAAAUUCCAAGCCAUAUGUUGAUAAGGAGAGACUCAGCAUACGUUGUCAUUGGUGGUCUAACAGGUUUAGGGUGGGAAGUAACAAAAUUCUUGGCUGCUCGUGGGGCAAAGUUUGUUAUAACAUUAUCGAGGAGGUCUCCCUCUGAGAUAGAAAAUCGACGAAUAGAAAACAUCAAAUGUAUCCGGAACACAUCUAUCUGGCAUGACAAAGUAGACAUUACACAAAAAGAUGAUCUUGAACGUGUCUUCUCUCGACUUGUUGGAAAUCUUGGAAUCACCAAGAUCCGUGGAAUCUUUCACGGUGCUGGUGUUCUGCAAGAUGCACCUGUGUACAAAUUAACGACCGAGAUGUUUGAUGUUCCGCUGAUUCCAAAGAUAUUGGGCACGUGGAAUCUUCAUAGAGUGACAGAAAAUAUGGACUUAGAUUAUUUCAUUAUGCACUCAAGUAUUGCCUCGCUCGUAGGAAAUAAAGCACAGGCUAACUAUGCUGCAGGGAAUGCUUUUAUGGACGCCUUUGCUCAUUAUAGACGUUCGAUUGGUAAAGCAGCACAGGUGAUAAAUUGGGGAAUGUUGUCUGUCGGAAUGGGAGCGGAUCAAAAUAUCCAGUCUAUAAGUAAAAUGCACGGAUACAAUGUUUUGCCAAAAGAAGAAUUAGUCAUUGCAUUAAAUUGUGCCUUGGUCACAACGAAAGCUCAGUUUACCGUCGCUGACUUGAAUACAUCUAUAUUAGAAAAAAGAGUUCUACAGUAUCACGAGUCACCCCAAAGUGACACGAAAGCUAGAAUCAAUGUUCACCCAGAACUUUGCGAUAGCAAGGAGCAGUUUCGUCAGCGCUGGUUAGAUCUUGUGAAGACAUCUGCUGCAUCAAUAUUAUCAGUCGAGCAAGAUGAAAUAAAAAAUACGUCAAUACUUUUGGAGAUUGGUUUGGAUUCUCAAAAAUCCAUAGAGCUUAUCAAUUCCUUGUUUGAAUCCAGUCAAAUACGGCUUCCUGUAGUUUAUCUCAUGACAGGAAAGAAAACUGUUACCGACAUUGCUAAUUAUUUUCUAUCCCAAUCAACUAAAGAGCGCACGUCACAUGAUGAUGUUUUUAUUUCUGAAAGUCCCUCACCUUUAGAGCUACACUAUUUGGAGUUGUUUGAAACUGAUUGCAAUAAUCCACAUUUAACAAUCGCAGUAGAUCUCACUGUUUCAUGGGACAUCAAUGAUGCAGCUAUAUGGAAAACAUCUCUCCUGAAUCUCAUUUUGAAGAAUCCAGAAUUGAGAACAAUAUUCCAACCAACAGAACCAGGCAAGAAGCGCACUAAUACGAUGAAGUCUGUACUUGACAUUGAGGACGUUUGUUUUGAUUUCGUCACAGUUUCGUCAAAUGAUCAACUACAAAAGGUGUUUAAGGACAUAGCAAAGUUUGAUCCAUAUGUUGACAUUCCUAUAAAGUGUAUAUUUUGGAAAUCACCAAGUUCUGGCGUUGUCAGGUUGAUACUAAAUCACUGUAAUAUAGACAAUGGGAGUAUCAGAGCCAUUGUCAAAGAUUUUCAUUACUUUUUUAAAUUCUACCUCUACCAUCAAUGUUUUCCAGAGGUGAUUCCACAAUAUUCAUUGGAUCCUGCCUUGGUGAUGGAAAAAUAUUUGAAAGAAGAAACUGAUGAACUUAAAUCUUACUGGAAUAUAGAGGUUUCAAAGUGUAAGAAAUCGCAGAGUUUUGAAGCUUUCGAAAAAGUCGAGGAGAUAUUCAACGACACAAAUGAUGUCAUCUCAAACAGUUGCAAUGGUGAACGAAAGGAAAACGACCUCAUCAUGACGGAUUGGAGCGCCAAUCACAACACCAAAGAAGUAAAACAAUUGAAUGGUGAUCACAACACAAGAGAGGUCCUUACUGAGCGUUGGAGUGACAUGAAAACACGAUCACAAGCAACUCCAAGCACUGGAGCGCAGCAACAUAACAAGGGGAGUACCCAUGAAGCAUUGGACUGUGACAAUACGAGCGAAGUCAUUAGCAAACAUUGGAGCGGCGAUCAAAUUCAAAAAUUGAAAGACGCAUCAGAAAGAAACAAUGUUUCCUUGUUUUCCUUAUUUUGCACUGCUUACCAAUUAACUCUUUCUAAAAAACUGCAAUGCGAAAGAAUAUGUGUUGUCAGUGCCAUAGACACGAGACUACAUUUCCCAGAAUUUCGCGAUAGAAUAACUAUGUGUGUUAAUUACGUUCCUAUGGUUUCCCCUGAUGUAACAAACUCAGAAUCAACGUUUUAUACAGUUCUUACAGAUAACAAAACGGUCAUUGUUGACGGAAUUGCAAAAAGUGCUCUACCAUUCAAACUGAUCAAAGAAUUGCCAAAUUUUAAAAAUGAUAUACAUAUGACACAUUCUAUAACAAUGGAGGAUUUGACAUUAUGGAAUGAAUUUAACUCGUCACACAUCCAACUAUCAGAGUUUGGUGCUGAACAGGAUCAAACGUAUGAAACAUGUCUCAGUGUCAUAAUUCUCUCCACAAGAUCUUUGGAGUUUCGAUUAAGGUACUCGCUGGAGAAAGUCGGAAGAUACAAUGCAGAAAAGAUCCUUCAGAAUAUUGAUGACGUCCUUCAAAUCAUUGCAUGUAAUCCCAACAUGAGAAUCCACUCUUGGCAGCCAAUUAUUUAACUAGAGCAGGAAAUCGAAGGAUAUACUUAUGACAACUUCAUUCUGUACAAAACAAAAAGAAAAGCCAAAAAUGUGAAAAUUCUUAUCAGACACCAUCCUGUAUUUGCAUUGGAAUGGGGAUCAAAGCAGAAAAACGUACAGCUGUGGCAGAUACCUUCCGUGAUUAGCUUAUAUCUUGUGACAUACAUAUAUCCCUUGAUCUGUUUUCUUUAAAUUAGUCCACUGUAGCAUCUCAUUCGAAUUUGUAUUUUUAUUUCCCCCCAUAGAUUUACAUGGCAUUUAGAUAAGAACUUCCAAUUCUGAAAUAUGCAUGUUCACCAAGAAUCGAAGAUAUCGUGAUGCAUGGAUUUCUGUUCUGAAGAAAAAACGAACAAAGCAUAAUGAAGAGGUGCUUGGGGGUACACAUUUGUGAAAUAAGAGAAUGCUUAGUGACAUUUUAAACUUUUUAAGCAGAUGAUGCUAACGUUGUAUGUGACAAUGGAUUAACCUCUAUUCAGAACCACUUUACGAAAAUGAAGUAUAUUGCUAACUUUUGCUGGAACUCUUUUCUUAAAUAUAAUUGCAUAUACAUGAUUACUUUUUCAUAACAUUCUACAAAUGAUACGCAUGGCAUUGUUUUACGACGAUUUAGGAUGUUUAUGAAAUUCAUUUUUAUUAUAAAGAAGCAAUCAUAUGUUGAAAAACAUAACUAGACAUAUGUAUAUCAUCAAAUUUGAUGUCGUGUAGCAUCACUAAGCGUUAGAACGUUCAAUACAAAACUAUGGAACGUUUAUGAUAAUAAAAACAUUAUAUCUACCAAAGUUUGUGUUACCCUGCCAACUCACACAAGUCGAUCAUAGAUAUGAUAAAUCAUGCUAUGGUA